AUGUCGCCAGCAUGCACAACCGCGGUUACAUCGAUAUCCACACCAUUGAUGUUGUCCUUGUCACCCAUCAUCACCUUUUUCAGAGAUGCAAUCUUAUACUAUAAUAUAGAAAGAACCCUCCCAGCAUCGCAUUCUCUGUUCAUGCUGAUUUGUGUGGAAUAUAUUAUUGAUCUGCAGCAUGGGCGACCAAGAUCAAUGCCGGCUCGGCGCAUCAACCGUGAAGUGUGCGACUUCUCUGCGCCCACCCCAGCUGGUGCGCUGGCCCUUUAGCCGAAGACUUUGAAAUAGAAAAAAUUGAAAUUGCUGUUUUUGUUACAUUACUUACUUCCUGGCCGAAGCGAGAAACCCUUGAAUUUUGAAUUUUUUUUCAGUUGUCUACACUUUCGACUCACGUAAAAAAACCAGAAAAAAUUAAAGUUACUCUCUAACUUAAACUGAACCGAAAGAUUGCGAUUAUUUUAUCCCCCUCUCAUUUGAAAAACAUUCGAAUGCUUUCUACUCCAAGUCCAAUUAUAAAUCUAAAAUGUAAGGAAAAAAGAGUAAAAAGUACUAUCUUGAUACACACUAUCACUAGCAGAACGUUUAAGUCUUCGGUUUUUCCAAAUCUGUCACACCAAUCUUCUUCUAGGUUAGUGCGAUUGUUGGUCUCACUAUAGCCGUGACAGGCAAUCUUUCCCUUUGAACAAUUACACAAAAUGGUGACUCACAAGUGUACGGCUAGAUAAUGCAUCAAUAAUUGUGCUCCCAGCAUGCACCGCACUAGUCAAUUACCAUAGGAAAUUGAAAUUACUUAAUAUAAACCUAUCCUGUGUCCCCAUUCAUGAUAGGAUACCUCUAGAGCAGGUAAAUGAGUGAAUGAAUAGAAAAAAAUGUUAUUGAGGGUUAUAAUGGAGGAGGGUUUCAGCCUUUUUGUGCGUCGAUUUAUCACUAGUCUACCUCUUGGCCUACGUCGAGUGCAAGUGCCACAUCUGUUGAGAAACAUCACGAUGCGGCAGGCACGAGUAUCAUGAGUUGCCUGUUCAGCUUCAGUGUGAUUGUUUUGUUGUUGGUUGGGGAUAUAACAUACAACAGUAGACAAAGACGAGGAGAUGUAAUAAAAGAGUGAGCAAAAGCACUUGGAUAAUUGGAGGUUGUGUUCUAGAAAAAGUAAAAAUAAGCGGAGAGCUUAAGAAAAAUAAGCAUCAACUACAAGCUUGAUCCGAUCGUUAUUCGAUCAGGCUCACAGAAGAUAUGUCAAUAACUGAAAAUUGAUGAAGGUAAUCAUGGUUCAUCUCAUCAUGGAAGCACUACAAGCAAUAGCAAUCUGUCGGGUCGGCCAGGUGUAAAAGCAAAAGAAAUCCUGAAGAUACUUCACGUUCAU